AUGACUGUAAAUAUAAGAAUGAUCCGUGAGAGGAUGAAAGAUUCUCAGAGUUGUCAGAAGAGUUAUCAUGAUAAGAUGAGGAAAGCAGUUGAGUUCCAAGUGGAUGACCAUAUAUUUAUGAGAGUUACUCCAGUAACCGGUGUCGGUAGAGCUUUCAAUUCGAGAAAGCUUAGGCCUUGUUUUAUCGGUCCAUAUCAGAUUUUUGAGAGGAUAGGUGAGUUGAGGAGAUAUGUUCCGGAUCUUUCACACGUGAUGCAAAUGGAUGAUAUUCAGGUGAAAGAUAACCUGACUAUUGAAGCGUCACCAGUGCGAAUAGAAGGAUGGGAAGUGAGGCAAUUGCGAGGAAAAGAAAUUGCCUUAGUGAAGGUGUUGUAG